GAAAACAAGAGGGGUUGCAAGGCUGACUUUCCCAGGAACUACAUGCUCGUCUGUACCAGGAAACAGCCAAAAGAACAAGAGACUGCUGAAGACAGAACUUCUCUGCAAAUGCCUGCACAUGGCAAUGUGUGCAGCCAUCUACCAGAAGGGAAGAGACUCUGUGAAGUUUGAACAAGCGGCCUUCCCAAGAUGUACCGAAUAUCUCAACUGAUGUCAACACCAGUAGCAAGUUCUUCUGGGUUGGAGAGAGAAUAUACCGGAGAGUUAUCUGCCACAUACAUUUUCCCAAGUUUUGCCUGUGAUUUCCUGGAUGGUGACAGUUCCUUUGAAUGUUGCUCCAUAGAUCCCCUGACAGGCUCUCACUAUACCUGUCGCCGAAGUCCCAGACUGCUCACCAACGGCUACUACAUUUGGACAGAAGAUAGUUUCCUCUGCGACAAAGAUGGCAACAUAACUCUGAACCCAUCCCAGACCCGGGUUAUGUACAAGGAGAACUUAGUCAGGAUAUUUAGAAAGAAAAAGAGAAUCCGCCAUUCUCUUCCUUCUCUCUUCAACCCCAGUGCCUCUCAAUCCUGGCUGCAUGGGAGUUUCUUUGGUGAUGUUGACUCUUCCCCAAGUGAAGAUGUCUGGUUGGAAGGGGUCAGAAGUGUGGAUAGAGACCACUGCAAUGGAAAUGGAGGUGAUGUUGACUGUCUUUCUCUGACUGAUGCCUGGGAGCCAGAAAUGCCGAAUGCAGAGACUGCGGUAACCUUCUCCUCCAGCCACAUCGUAUCUCAGCCUCCCAGGGAAAAGUCCCACGAUUCCUCGCUUCAGUCUGAGUUGGUGGCAUCUGAACAUUUCCAAGAGAACAUUUGGGAUCAUUCAAAAACCAGUUUGUUGCGAGAGCUCUCCUUUCAGGCAAUCCUGCUUGUUGUGUGCUUAAUCAUUUUUGCAUGUGCAAGAUGGUUUAUGGAAGGAAAAUUAGCCAGCAUCUUCAUAUGCUCAUUGUUGAUAACUAUAGCUUAUGCUAUGAAAUCAUUGUUUCUCAGCCUUGCCAGCUAUUUCGAAGCCACCACGUGUGUUCGGUUAGCUAAAAUUUGACAACCAUUUAGCAAUGCCUCUGAUGAAUGUCUUCAAGCUGAAUAUCCAGAAAUUGUCGAACUUGCAGUCCACUUGGAAUCAACUGCUUCACUGGAAGGGAAUGAGCAACUGGAUAAUUGAGAAAAAAAAUUUAAUUCGACUAUGUGAUUUAAAAAAAAAUCUCAAUUUUUCCCUCAUAAUUGUAAUAUCCUCAUGAAAAUAAUAUUAAUUUGCGUUUUUUUUUGCAAACACUAACAGUUGAAAGGGAAAGGCCUGGGGAAUGGGAUAGAUCACCUGGAGUACAUGUUCCUCUAUUAUUCUCUAAGGCAGUGGUUCUCAGACGUUAAUUUUCAUUAGAGAAUUCUGCCAGGAAUUUGUAACAGGGCAGAUUCCUGGGCCUGCCCACAUGCACCCUUCCCCUGCUGAACUGCUUUAAUUGAACAAUGAAAGCAAGUUUGUGUAAUAGAUAUCAACUUGAAUAUGAUUAAAGGCAGUUUGUA